GCGUCGUUGAUAUUUAAAAUAGAUUUUUGGUGCUGGCCUCCCUACGUGGCAGUUGCGUCCUGGUGAGUCAAACUACAGGCAGCUAGUCACAAGACUCGCCUGCUGCUGUGUAGCCGCAUAAACGGCCAGGCAACACCACCACUACAAACGAGGAUACGACAUGCAAGGAAGUAUUAUCAUAAAUGAGCUAAUAAUAAUGUGAGGGUAUAAUACAUAUUCUAUUAAUUUUUUUUGUCUACUAAAUUCUUCUAUAUUGUCUUAAGCAUACUGGACGACGAGCUGCGGGGUUCCAGCCACAUGCAGGUGCCCCAGUAUCACCCGUGAAGCCAAUCCUCGACCGGUAAAGCUCGAGUGGGGAGCAGCUCGCCACCAUCUUGCUGCCGCAUCAACCAGGACUUCCAGAAAAACAAGACUUAAACCUUGAACUCCCGCUGCCGAUCCAGAAUAAAUAGCGGUCCACACCCUCCAUCCAUUUUCCACCUCGAAAGGAUUUCCCACAAAACUCGCGAUACUGUCGAUAUCGUUUACCCGACAGCUUGAAACUUCGUCGCUUCCAACCUGACUUACACACAAGCUUCUCCUCACUCGAACCCCGCAGUCAUGGCCGACCUCUCUCUCAACACCGAGCAGCAAGCAACCGAAGCUGUCGAUGAGACACCCAUCUCUCCCGUCCGUCGCCCCGACCACCAGCGAACUAACUCUCUUCAAAACCACCUGAAGCACCGCCCCGACCGUGCGGAGCUGGUUGACAAGAACAUCCUGCCAGCAUCAACAGCUGCUCCUGGCCUUCAAUCGCAGCAGCGCGAGCUCCAGAAGCAUAUGCUCGAAGACAAACUCAACGACAAAAUUCAGAAUCGCCCCGAUCCUGAGGAUCUCGUCAAAGGAGGUGUUUUACACGAGGAUCCUCGCUCUGCAGAGGAGCGAUAUGAAGAGGCCAUUGAAGAAGAGUACGCAAAGCGUGAGGGCGGCGCCUAAUUACCCACCAGUGCGACUACUUCGCUAUGCUAUCCCAUCUUCAACUAUAUAAUGCAAUACUAUUGAAAUUUAAAUGAUAAAAAUGCAUGCAACUGAUUCAAUUGAA